AUGAGCAUCUUCAAUCCCUUGCCAAAUGAUUAUGUUCCAGAGCAAAACAUGUCACCACCAUCGGCUACAACUCCAUACGUGCUGUCUACUCUCUCUGUAUUUACUAAGCUCUGCUCCCUCAACCCAAGAAAAGCAACUGGCCCAGACGGUAUUCCAGCCUGGAUAAUGAAAGAGAAUGCAGAUAUAUUAAUAGAACCKAUAACAAACAUCAUCAACUGCUCCUUUAAUGAGGGAUGCCUUCCCUUAUCUUGGAAAACAGCAGAUAUUGUCYCCAUCCCAAAACAAAGACAAGUUACAGACAUCAUUAAAGACCUACGUCCUAUAUCACUUACUCCUAUUCUUUCCAAGAUUGCUGAGGAGUUCAUAGUUGAAGAUUUUGUACGACCAGCUAUGCUGCAGAAGAUUGGCGAGAACCAAUUCGGAUGCCUUCCCAAAUCUUCCACCACGCAUGCACUACUCAGCAUGGUUCACUCAUGA